GAAAGAUUAAAAUCGUCUUGUUCAUACAAAAAUCUCUCGGAAAUAAUUGCAGUAUUCACAAAGAAAUUUUUUGAAUACACCAGUGAGGAUCUGUGUGAGCAGUCAUGGACGGGAGUCUGUUUGUGCUGCUGCUGCUGUCAGGGCUCUUCUGGAGCAGUUCUGCUCUUUAUCGUCCGUACCACUAUAUAAAUACAGCGAUGUCGUGGCCAGAGGCUCAGAGUUACUGCAGAGAGAGAUUCACUGAUCUGGCUACUGUAGACAGCAUGGAUGAUGUGAACAGGCUGGUAAAUGUAGUGGAUGCUGGAUACAGUGGAUCAGUGUGGAUUGGACUGAAGAGGGGGACACACAAACGCUGGGUUUGGUCUAAUGGAGAAAACACAAUUUCUCAGUACUAUAACUGGGCUUCAGGACAGCCAAAUGGAGAUGGAUAUUGUGUUGCUACAUAUUACGGGGUUUGGCAUGAUGCGCCAUGUCACUUGAAUCAUUAUUUUUUGUGCUAUGGAAAUUCCGGAUACAUCUUGGUACAAAGCACAAAAACGUGGAGUGAUGCUCAGAGCUACUGCAGACAGCAUUAUACAGACCUGCCCACCAUCCACAACUCUACAGAAAAUAACCAGAUAAAUCAAAUUCUUUUAUCUGGAUAUUACAUCUGGAUUGGUCUGUUUGUGGACUCUUGGGGAUGGUCUGAUCAGUGGGAUCUCACAUUCAGACACUGGGUAGAAGGACAAUCAUCCAUGAGUUCAGGAACUGGUAACUGUGCUGGUAUGUCAAGAAGCAACUCUGGCAGAUGGUCUCAAUACAGCUGUAAUCUACAGAAGCCGUUUAUCUGCUAUGGAGGUGAGUUUCCCCAUUCUGCUCUUUAUCGUCCGUACCACUAUAUAAAUACAGCGAUGUCGUGGCCAGAGGCUCAGAGAUACUGCAGAGAGAGAUUCACUGAUCUGGCUACUGUAGACAGCAUGGAUGAUGUGAACAGGCUGGUAAAUGUAGUGGAUGCUGGAUACAGUGGAUCAGUGUGGAUUGGACUGAAGUGGGGGACACAGAAACGCUGGAGUUGGUCUAAUGGAGAAAACACAACUUCUCAGUACUAUAACUGGGCUUCAGGACAGCCAAAUGCAGAUGGAGAUUGUGCUGCUAUAUAUUACGGGGCUUGGCAUGAUAAGUCAUGUGACUUGAAUCAAUAUUUUGUGUGCUUUGGAAACUCUGGAUACAUCUUGGUACAAAGCGAAAAAACAUGGAGUGAUGCUCAGAGCUACUGCAGACAGCAUUAUACAGACCUGCCCACCAUCCACAACUCUACAGAAAAUAACCAGAUAAAUCAAAUUCUUUUAUCUGGAUAUUACACCUGGAUUGGUCUGUUUGUGGACUCUUGGGAAUGGUCUGAUAAGAGGGAUCUGAGAUUCAGACACUGGGUAGAAGGUCAACCAUCCAUGAGUUCAGGAUCUGGUAACUGUGCUGGUAUGUCAAGAAGCAACUCUGGCAGAUGGUCUCAAUACAGCUGUGAUGUAAAGCAGCCGUUUAUCUGCUAUGGAGAUGACAAGAGAAAACAAAUUGUGAGAUUGAAAGUGACCUGUAAGGGAAAAUGUGCUUUGAAUGAUCCUUCACUACAGACGGCCAUUCUGAAUGAGAUAAGUGAAAAGCUGAAGAACAUGAGGUUGGAGAGUGACAGCAAAAUAAGCUGGAGAAAGGGGGAAGAUGGAGAGGUGUUUCAUCAGGAGAGCAACCAUAUGGUGAAUUUAGAUAAUAAAUGUAAUAGGCAUCUGUAAUGUAUUUUUUAAAACUUAAACACAGUUUAAAAAAAUAUCAAAUAAUGUUGCUAUUUUUUUUUUUUUUUUGAGGAACUGUAAUGUGGUAGUUGUAGUACAAUAGUUGUACAAUAUUAACAACAUUAAUGAAUCUAGCCUAACUUUAGCUAGAAAUAUUAGCAUUCUUACAAGAUUUUAUGAUACUUUUCUUUCAACAAAUUUAAUUUAAUUCCCUUCAAUUCCAUUAAUUACUUUUUUUUUAAAUCUUUUUAAAAUAUUUUAAUACUGUAGUUUAAAUUCAGUGUGCUUUUUUUAAAACAGUACUUCGGUUCUAUUAUAUGCAUUUUGAGAUUUUGAAAUAUACUGUAUGUAUAUGUAAAGUAUGUGCCCUUAUUUGCUAUGAAAAAAUAUGAUAUCGUUGCCAAAAAUAAAUUCAGUUGCAAUAAUACAGUGCAUAUUUUUCCUAUUUUAAGAUUACUCCUAUAUGUCAGAAUUUGAAUUGUAAAAAAUACAGCAUAUGUUUGUUUAAUUUAAAAUAGUAACUUAUUGGUAUAUAAUAUAUUGAUAUAUUAUUGAUAUAUGGAUUAAAGCCAUUCUUUAGAUUAUUUACUUGUGUGCUUUGUGUUCUUGCCUCG